AUGGUAGACAUUGCAACGGUUCGCACAAGCCUCAGCCAGGUCGCCCAAUCCACGCGGGUGGCUAUGCGUUGCUUGAACGGUGGCAGGGACUCACAUGACGCUUCUCUGAGGGCCCUAUCCCUCCUUGUCGACAUAUUAGACCUCCUAUAUCGCAUCAAAGAUGAGAUCAGCUGGACAGAAGAGCAAUGGUUCGUCGCCGCCGGGCGCCUCAGGGCCCUGAGCGAGCUACUCGGAUGGUUCGGAUUGAGCAUGAAGUCUAUCGAGCUCUAUUUUCAGCCGGGGGGCGUCGGCGUGUUUUACUUCAGGAAGCAUCUGUUGGAAAAGACCUAUGUCCCGCGGCUAGAGCAGUACAAGAUCAUGUUCCUGCUUGCCAUGCAACCAGAUUCAGAGUAUGAACGAUCUAGCCGAGUCCCCGGUGUUAUCUUCCAGUCUGUUCGAGCUAAUGUGUUUUCUAGAGAGCGAUCUUUGUUGGAUAAAGAGGUCAGGAAUAAGCUUAAAAGCUAUCGUGAUGUGGAAGCAGCCAGCUUGAAACUUGAUUUACAAUUCGAGGAAGAUGCCCUGGGCCUGACAAGCAGACUCUCCAUGGACCACUUUAUCACACUGGCGGAUCUUUGUCACAGACGUCAAAAGGGAACGUAUUCUAAUCUUUUCUCAGCGGGUGCGGGCAAAACCUUUCUCUCAUCCUCAGUCAUCGACUCUCUGCAAAGGACCUUCCCCUCUUUCGAUGUAGCGACUGUGUUUAUCUUCUGUCAAGAAGAAAACGGAAAAGAGCGAACCUCAAUGGAUCUCCUAAAAAGCAUUCUGGCACAGCUUGUAUAUUGCAAGCGCAGUUUGUCUUACGCCACUUCGUCACUCUACUACUCCGAGUCCCUGGCGAAGGGAAGCGCAUCCCCGAAGGCUUAUCAAAAUGCAAUCCGAGCAGAGGUCAACCGCUUCUCGAAGGUUUUCUUUGUGGUCGACGGACUCGAUAUGUUUCCCGACAAAGAACGCAUUCUGUCUCGACUUCACAAGCUCCCCGAUCAAGCUCAGCUUCUGGUGACACUACGGGAAAUGAGCGACGUCAAAGCAGUUGAUAACUCUGGAUACGUGAGUGUGUUUGCUCCACCCGAGGAUAUUGGGCUCUACACACUCGCUCGCACCCGUGCCGACCAUGGGAUGCGAUGCAUUUUGGGAGAUACGUCUCCGGACCUAAAACUCGAAGAUGCGAUCUUGCACUCGGUGGUAGCAAGGUCUCAUGGGUUGUUUCUCCUUGCAAAACUUCAUUUGGAUCUUUUAUCGCAAUAUAUGGACCGCAGUCUUCUUGAGAGAGCUCUUAUGCAUCUUCCAGAAAGUCUCGGAGAGGCAUAUGGAGAGGCAAUGAAGCAGGUCGUGAGCCAGAGCUCAUGUGCAACACGUUACGUUUAUUGGACUCUUUACGCUUUGAGACCUCUUUCUGUCUCGGAGCUGAGGAGUGCCGUCAAAGACAACGAGAAAACGGAUAACCCUGAAUCCGUGCCUUUCGAACACUCAUUACAAGUUCAAAGUGCAGGACUUUUGACAAUCGAUGCCGUAUCAGGCACGGUUUGCUUUGUCCACAGGACCGCCAAGGAGUAUUUGAACGGAUCUGCCGCCAGAGUCUUUUUCCCCGGUGCGCAGAAAGACAUAGCCGAGGUCUGUCUUAGCGUGAUCACCCCGGACGAGGUAAUUGAUGAGUGCUACUUGACCGAACCUGGCACGUCUCGCGCCUCAAAGAAAGGAUUCCUAGAUUAUGCAGCCACUUACUGGGGAUUUCAUGCACGGGAAAUUCCAGAGGAUGAACAAACCAUCCAGGUCUUGAUCAAAACGUUCCUCAACAAGCUUCUAUGGAGGCGACCGCCUCUUGACUUUGCUAUAGGCAAGGAAAACGGGAUUCCCUCACAGCUUGGGAUAGGUAAGUACCCUACGGACUGGAGUGGACUACAUGUUCUCGGUUUCUUUGGGAUAUCUGUAAAAGCCAAAAGGCUUCUCGAGCAAGGAGAAAACAUCAAUGCCCAGGAAAACUCAAUGAGUAUGACUCCAUUACACUGUGCUGCGAGUCAAGGAAACGAUGAAAUGGUCGAGUUUCUCCUUGAGAACGGCGCCAAUGGCAAUGCGGUGACUGCGGAUGGACAAACAGCCUUACACCUCGCCACACAGAACGGCCAUCGAAAAUGCAUGAAAGUACUUUGUUCUCGGCGCGUCGAUACGCAGAUUGUUGACGAGAACGGCGCAACCAGUCUUCUUGCCGCCGUGGGUACCGCGACUGAUGAAUCUACGGUUCCGCUUCUGGUCAGGAAUAAAGCGGACGUGAACUUCCAAAAUCUCAAAACCGGAAACACUGCCCUCCAUCUGGCGGUCGAAUGGAGACGGCCCCGAAUCAUUCUCUUCCUCCUCGAAAAACGCGCCGCGAUUGAUAUCACCAACAAUGAGGGGCUUACUCCGCUCCAACUGGCGGCGACACUUGACUACUGCGAGGCGAUCACACUGCUCUUGCAACAGUGUGCUCAUGUCGAGGCUCGCUCGCUUGCGGGGCCAACUGCAUUGCAAUACGCCGCUUGGAGAGGCCAUUGGGUCGCAUUUGAUCUGCUCUUGAUCGGCGGGGCAGACAUCAAUGCGUGGAACAAGCGAGGAGAAACUUUACUCCAUGAACAAGCUCGAUAUGUCUCGAAUAUAUCCAUUGCAUCCAAGCUUCUGGAGCAGGGGGCGAACAUCGAGGCACGAACAUCUCAGGGCUAUACCCCUCUUCAAUGUGCCGCCAUGACCGGAAACAAGACUAUGUUCCAGCUUCUCCUUGCCAAAGGCGCCAAGGUGGAUAUCGAGACGGCCAAGGGCGAAACCCUUCUUCACAUUACCCCGCCCGCCAAUGAAGACUGUCUCGAGAUCCUCACAACCGUCCUCAAAGCGGGCAUCUCCGUCACCGCUACCUCCAGCCAAGGCUGGACUGCUCUUCAUCAAACAGUUUAUACAGGCACGGGAGCCCUUAACUUGGCAUCCGACAAGACAGCCGAAUACAUCAGUCUCCUGCUGGACCACGGCGCUUCCGUCAAUGAAGUCUCUGGAUCCUCUCAGGUCGAAACACCUCUCCAUCUUGCAGCGAUGGCACCUCUCUCACGUGCAUCGCUUGUAGGCUUUCUUAUAGAGCAGGGAUCCAAUAUCAACGCCGUCACUGGCGAAGGGAAAACCGCCCUUCACCUUGCCGCUGAACGUGGGCGCGAGCCCAUCCUUCGUCUUUUGCUGGACGCCGGCGCUGAUCUGACGCUGAAGAUCCCCACCCACCAGUCAGUCGUGGUCACAGAGGGAGAAAAUAAAGAAACCCCAAUCACUGCAAUUGACCUCGCCAAGAAGAAUCCCUUUGGAGUCCUGUUGUUCGACGACGAGGGGAAAUUGCGCCCAAAGCCUCAGAGAAGCAGGCCCAACAGUGCGUCCACGAUCAUUGAGGACAUGGACUCCGAGGUCUAUGACUCGGAGACUGGUGAAUCUACUUUGGUUGGAAGUGAACACCCUUACGUUGUCGUAUGA